AUGACUUCGGCUCGGAUAGCCGCUUAUUCGGCUAUAGGACUUUCUACAGCAUGCGUGUUAACUACAGUAUUCUAUCUGCCGAUACUCAUUUCAAAAGUGCAAUCAAUACAAAAUGGACUCACCAGAAACAUCGAUGAAUUCAAUGUGAUGGAGUUGUUCAUUCACUGCCGGAAUUCAGACUGUAGUCUGGAAAACACUUGCCCACCUGGUCCGAAAGGUCGUCCUGGUUACGACGGAGUAGACGGUGCCCCGGGAAUACCAGGAGAGCCGGGAAUACCUGGUGCCCCAGGAAUAACACCACAGAUUCAAGUCAGCGCAGGCGGCUGUCGAGUAUGUCCUCCCGGACCGAAAGGACCUGUUGGAUAUCCUGGACAACCUGGUCCACAAGGUCUUCCAGGCGAGGCCGGACCACCAGGAAACGAAGGCCGCCCCGGAAACGAUGGCGUUAUAGGGCCUCCAGGACCAAGCGGCCCUGAGGGAGAACCAGGCAAAGAUGGAGAAAUAGGUCUACCUGGAUCAGAGGGUGUUCGUGGAGAAAAAGGACCACCUGGGCCACCAGGUCUUAAAGGGCUAGUAGGACCUAGGGGAUAUCCAGGAAACUCUGGACCGCCAGGACAACCUGGAAUGCUUGGACCUACAGGUGAACAGGGUCCACCGGGAAAACCAGGAGCACCUGGAUAUCCUGGUGGCGUUGGUAACUAUGGCGAACCUGGAACUCCAGGAAAAGAUGCGGAGUAUUGCCAGUGUCCUCUUAGGACUCACCAAUCAAAGAAGGCUUAA